AUGCCUCGCAAGUCACAAGGCGCCCGCAAACAACACCGGAGUCAGCGGCGACCUGGACUGGGUGACAGGUCAAAUACUGGCCCAGAUGAUGAAGAUGCUAUGGCCGAACUAAGGGUCUUCAGAAACCCAAACAGCAGGCGGGGCCAAACCUCAAUUACCCAUCUACUCAACUACUCAAUGCCACGGCCGGUACAGGAUCAUCAUGCACAUUCGAGAUCUUAUCGUAGAACUCCAACAUGGGGACCAGGCUCCGGUUACCAUGCAAGCGACAAGGCUCGAUACGUCCAUGCCAACUACCGAUUUAUCCUCUCACCAGAAGGCACAUACAACAAGCAAGCUACAGAUGCCGACACGCACCUCGAUUGGUCUCUUGUCAUGCAAAUCAUUGCUUCAAGCGAGUCGCAAGGUUCAUCAUGCCCCAUCUGUCUUUCAGAGCCUGUGGCGCCUCGCAUGGCAAAAUGCGGCCACAUCUUUUGUCUACCCUGCCUCAUUAGGUUUAUGAACUCAAUCUCGAGUGAAGAUGAAACUAAGGGUCGCGGACCCAGGUGGAAAAAAUGUCCCAUUUGCGAAGAUUCUAUCUACAUGCAAGAUGUUCGGCCUGUAAGAUUUUAUGCUGGACAAGAAAGUCCUUUCCCCCGGAUUGGUGACGACGUCGUACUGCGGUUAAUGGCACGGAAUGCAAACUCGACGAUGGCCCUUCCACGAGAGAGUGGUGCCGAGGCGCUGUACUCACAGGAUGACAUUCCUUGGCACUUUGCUGCCAAUGUCUUAGACUACGCUCGCAUGAUGAAAGGUACAGCUGAUUAUAUGACAGCCCAGUUUGACGAGGAGAUUGCUUCGCUGGGCCAACAAGCUAAGGAGGACGAGACUCUCUUCGGACAGACUGAUGAAUGGUCCCAAAAAGCGAUUCGGGCUAUCACAGUCGCGAAAGAGAAACUGGCUGGUCUUCAGGUUGCUGCAAGCCCAGCCACGCCGGCACAACCCUCUUCAGACGCCGACUUCUAUUUUUACAGCUCCCCACCUCACCUAUAUCUCUCACCAUUGGAUAUCCGCAUCCUGAAGACCAAGUAUGGCUCUUUUUCCUCGUUUCCUUCCACGCUACUCCCCCGCGUCGAGCAUAUCUCCACUGGCCAUGUGGUCGAUGACACAAUGCGGCGAAGAGCAAAAUAUCUUGGCCACCUCCCACGUGGAUGUGUCGUGAAUUUCUUGGAGUGUGAUUGGACCGACAUCGUACCAGAAGAGACACUGCAAUCGUUCGCAGGCGACAUUGAGCGGAGAAGGAGACGUAACCGUGACAAAGAGACACAGGAAGAGCGGGAGCGCCUGCAAGCAGAGCGGCUCGAAGCCGCGAAUCUGCGUAAGACUACUGGAUAUCAGAGGCUUCCUGAACCAUUGGAGGAGGAUAGGGCGCCUCGAAUGGAUAUGGAGGAUUUCCAACCAUUGAGCGGGCACUCAGGCACCACGCCCCCGGAUCCCCGACCAGGAUUCGAGACAUUAGCUGAUAUGUCGACCAGCCCCUCGACACAAAGGACAGUCUGGGGCACGAGGGUGAUUAAUGGAUCACCCGAGAUAGCAUCUGCACAACCCUUGAACGCCAAUGACGGGUGGCUCAAAGAUGAGGAUCUGUUUGAUACGACCGAUCUGGCGAUGCAGAUACAGGCUAUCGAAGCUGCGGAGAGCAAUGCCAGUUCAAAUACUGCCGCCGGAGUAGGAGGAAACGGCAGUAGUGCCGGGGGUAAGAAGAAGAAGAAACAGAAAAUCACACUCAUGAGCACUGGUGGCCGGAGAGGCAACUAG